AUAAAAUCAAUAUCAUGUCGCAAAGAAAAGAAGUCUUGAAUCAAAUGCUGGACACAACUCUGGAAAUAUUCACAAAAUCAUUGUUAGAGUCCCAGGAUUUGUGGAAAAUGAGUUCUCAUAGAAAACUCAACAUGGAUAAAGCUGCAGUGGAUGCUGUGAUGGCUCGAAUGGCGAAAUCAACACAACAAAAAGUUUUGGAGAAGACUGAUCAAAUGAUUAAAGAAAAUAGUGUUUACGAACUUUUCGAUGAUAUGGAACAAUUGACGAGAGAAUCUGAAGAAUUAAAUAAGCAACUCGGAAGAGAAAUGGGAUAUAAUCCAGUCAAUGCAAAACGAGAUGUCGCAUUGCACCUCUCCGAAACUGCCGAGAAAAUGCUCACUGAAGCAGAUGCUGAAAUCGAAAAGAUUGAAAAAGAACUGAAAGCUGAAGAAGAUGAAAUAGCUCGUCGUAAGCAGGUGCUCAAGGAGCUUGCAACAAUUGUCGAGUCACAACAGCAAAAGCUGUAGAAUUUUGAUAUUAAUAUAACCUUCACUUAAUUUAACUGAAUCUUUCUUUUCCUAUUUACCAAAUUUUUCUGAACUUUUGUUUGUCUCUAAAAUAAAACUUUCUCUUCAAAAAAAA